UGACGGAAAAGGGCAUGAGACGAGCCGCAGAUCUGCCGCUCUCUUCCCCUUCAGGAUAUUCUGGCGCUACCGGCCAAACGCCAAUUUGAGUUCUCUUCCUGAAGAAGAAAAAAAGCUUCAAUCAAUCAAUUUUCACUUCACAGCCGCCGAUUAAUCAAUCUUCUCAGAUUUAGGGUUUCUUCUGGGAUCUCCGCCGGCGACGAGAAAUGGUCUGUUCGAAGUCCAGAACUGGGGAGAGCGUCCCCUGCGAUUUCUGUAACGAGCAGGUCGCAAUUCUUUACUGUAGAGCUGAUUCCGCCAAGCUCUGUUUGUUCUGCGACAAGCAUGUUCACUCCGCGAAUUUGCUCUCUCGGAAGCAUGUUCGAUCUCAGAUCUGUGAUAAUUGCAGCUCUGAGCCGGUUUCGGUUCGGUGUUCGACGGAUAAUCUGGUGCUCUGUCAGGAGUGUGAUUGGGAUGCCCAUGGGAGUUGUUCGGUCUCCGUCGCGCACGAUCGAGCCCCGAUUGAGGGCUUCUCCGGAUGCCCGUCGGCGCUCGAGCUGGUUUCGUUGUGGGGCUUCGAUCUUGGGGAUAAGAAGCUGGAGGAAUCCGAGAUGUUGGUGCAGAAUUGGGGCUGUUCGCAGGAUUUGGUGAUGCCGGUGGAUUCUUGGGCGUGUAGGGCGACUGCGACUGCGUUUCACGACCUCAUUGUUCCGAAUGAGAACGCCUUUCUUUUUGCGAAUCUCAGCUGUACGGAUGCUGCUCCGAUGGUGAAGAGGCAGAGUCCGAGCUGUGGGAAGCACAAGCAAGUGAUAUACAAGCAGUUGGUUGAGCUGCUUAAGCGGGAUUUUGAGGGCGGUGAGGAAGGUGAUAACCAUGAAGAUAACAAUGGCGAUGGAGAUGCAGGUGGGGAAGAUGUUGGAAUGGAGAAUCUGGUGCCUGAAACAGGGAAUGGGGUUUGUUAUUGGCAGGAAAAUUUGGAAGCUCGUCGAAUUGAGAAAGGGGAUGAUGGGGUUUUUGUUGAUGCUGCUCCUCAGCAACCACUGCCGCAACAAACGUCAUUUACGUCUCUGCUAACGAUGCCGCCCCACAUGGGCUUGAAAGAUAGUGAGCGCGUUGUUGACGGAACUGGUGGAUGGGAUACUAAUCCAAAUCGUCAAAACAUUCAAAUUUGGGACUUUCAUUUAGGACGGUUAAGGGGACACAAGGAUUCGAAUUCAUUUGAAGAUGCCUAUGGCACGGAGAACAUGGGAUUUACAAUUAAAAAUUUUGGUGAAUUUUUGAAAGAAACGUCUCCAUCAAGCCCGAAGUUGGGAGGAGAAACCUAUCAGAUCAAUUGCUCUAGUACACAUGAAGACAUGCCAUCAUUCAAUAGUAAUGUCAAUAACGCAACACUAAGUCAGGGAGCAGCGACAUGUGAGAGUGACAACCUGCCUAAUGGUACCGCCUACAGCAAGUUGAAAGGUGGUUCUAAAAACGCACAGCCAAUGGAACAAUCUGUUCUCAUAAGAGGAGACGGUAUAAGGUCAGCAUCGACAACCAAGGCCAAUUUGGAGCUUCUGGCGCAGAACAGAGGGAACGCAAUGCAGCGUUACAAGGAGAAACGAAAAACUCGAAGGUAUGACAAGUACAUCCGCUAUGAGUCAAGGAAGGCGAGAGCGGAUACGAGGAAGCGAGUCAACGGUCGGUUUGUGAAGGCUAGCGAGGCCCCUGUUUCUUGAUGGUGAGGUUCCAGGGUUGAAAGUAGGUUUUUGUUUCUCUUGCUGUAGUUCUGUGUGUAUAUAUUUUGCCAUUCCUUUCAUUCCACUUAUAUUUUGUAGCAGCGUUUUUAACAGGUGCAAAGCACGUGAUUUAAUUAUCUUCUCUUUUUCUUAGAGAGAGAGAGAAUUUAUGUUAUGCUUAUGCAUUAUAUAUAAAUAACGUAAUUAAGUCGAGGAAGUUAUUUAAGUUAAGUUAUAAAUUUAGUUUUUAAACAGUGAAGAUUGAGUUUGUUUAGUCUCUAAAUAAUUAAAUUUUUUCUAAUCA